AUGCAUGUUUGGUCCUUUGAAAUAGGUCUUUUGGAGCAUUCUGGAGCAUAUGGGACACAAGGAGCAUGGAGGGACUUGGCACAUGGAAGCAGCUCAACUGGAUACGCAAAGGAAGAAGGGAGAAGCCAUCUUGAAGACCAGCUCGACCGUCCACUCGACCAACCGGUCGAGUUCCUCAACUCGACCGGCCAAGCUUCAACUCGAUCGAGCUGGGGAGUCAAAGUCAAACCCGAAAAAUGUUGCUUCCCCCUUGACUUCCUUUGA